AUGCUCUCGUCUCUUCUUCCCAUCCGACUCAAACCUGAUUCCGAUACCAACAUGUCUCCCACUUCCGUCAACGGGGGCGCCGCCCCCAACAUCUCCUUCGUCGGUGCCAUUGACCAGGGUACCACGAGCACCCGUUUCCUCAUCUUCAACCCCCAGGGCGAGGUCAUUGCUACCCACCAGCUGGAGUUUAAGCAGAUCUACCCCCAGCCUGGCAAGGCUAAUGCGAUUCGCGACAGCUGGCACGAGCAUGACCCCGAGGAGCUCGUCUCCUCGGUCGAGAAGUGCAUUGACGGCGCCGUCCAGACCUUCGAGACCCAGGGCCACUCGCGCGACCAGAUCAAGGCCGUCGGCAUCACCAACCAGAGAGAGACCACCGUGCUCUGGGACCGGACCACCGGCAAGGCGCUGUACAACGCCAUCGUCUGGACCGAUACCCGCACCAAGGACCUCGUGCGCCGCCUGAAGCAGCGCCUCGGCGCCAGCGAGCUUACCCAGCGGUGCGGCCUGCCCCUGUCGACGUACCCCUCCGUCGGCAAGCUCCUCUGGCUCCUCGAGAACGUGCCCGAGGUCAAGGACGCCUACGAGCGCGGCGUCCUGGCCUUCGGCACCAUCGACACCUGGCUGGUCUACAAGCUCAACGGCGGCAUCGCCCGCGACGUCUACGUCUCGGACCCGUCCAACGCCGCGCGCACUAUGUUCAUGAACAUCCACACGCUCCAGUACGACGAGGACCUCAUCGACUGGUUCCGCGUCGACCCCAAGAAGGUCAAGCUCGCCAAGAUCGUCCGCUCCUCGGACCCCGAGGCCUACGGCUCGCUGCACAACACCCUGCUGAGCGGCACCAAGAUCACCGGCUGCCUGGGCGACCAGUCCGCCGCCCUCGUCGGGCAGAAGGGCUUCACGGCCGGCCUCGCCAAGAACACGUACGGCACCGGCUGCUUCCUGCUCUACAACAUCGGCCCCAAGCCCGUCAUCUCCUCCCACGGCCUGCUGACCACCGUCGCCUUCGACUUCGGCCCCGGCAAGACCAUGUACGCCCUCGAGGGCAGCAUCGCCGUCGCCGGCUCCAGCGUCAAGUUCCUCGUCGACAACUUCGGCUUCAUCGAGUCCUCGUCCAAGCUCAGCGCCCUCGCCGAGACCGUCGAGGACAACGGCGGCUGCACCUUCGUCACGGCCUUCAGCGGCCUCUUCGCGCCCUACUGGAUCGACGACGCCCGCGGCACCAUCUUCGGCAUCACCGCCUACACCCAGCGCGGCCACAUCGCCCGCGCCACCCUCGAGGCCACCUGCUUCCAGACCAAGGCCAUCCUGGACUCCAUGGAGAAGGACAGCGGCGCCGCCCUGACGGAGCUCGCCGUUGACGGCGGCAUGUGCAACUCGGAUCUCGUCAUGCAGACCCAGUCCGACCUCAUCGGUAUCCCUGUCAACCGCCCCGGCAUGCGUGAGACGACGGCCCUUGGCGCGGCCAUCGCGGCAGGCUUCGCCGUGGGCGUGUGGAAGAGCUUCGACGAGCUCAAGGACGUCAACCUCGAGGGCCGCACCAUCUUCAAGCCCACCAUCUCCAAGGACGAGGCUUCCCAGCGCUUCGGCCGCUGGGAGAAGGCCGUCCAGAUGAGCAAGGGCUGGUCGAGCUAA